UGCAGUGGAGUAGACGCAGCUCUCCUGCUGCUGGAGGAGCGCACAAGACAGGAGCGCGGUCUGAUGGAGCGGCGGCAGCCUUUUACCACACACAGAUCUCCCCAUGUCUGAAUAGUUCUUACAGAGGAGAAUUCACCUGAACCAAACAGGACUGAGGAAACUUCCCAUCAGCGGUCUUUUGCCCAAACUGGGAGCAAAAACUGAGGAAAGGAUGGAUUCUUUCCAGCUGCUCUUUCUGCUGCUGCUGUACGGAUGUCUUCCAAAAGUAUUAUCAGUGCAGAUGUGCGACGUGGUGAACGAGAUUGAGCUGGAGAAGGAGCGCUGUGAAAACCACACCACUGGGAAUGUCACUUCAGGUUGCCAGGGGAUGUGGGACAUCAUCGCCUGCUGGCCUUCGGCCAGAAUCGGAGAAGUGGUGACGAUAACCUGUCCGACAUAUUUCAGUUACUUCAGCGACAAGCAUAGAGGUAACCUCUCCAAAACCUGCACAGCGUACGGCUGGACCGAGAUGCAUCCUAUUGACAUCGCUGUGAACUGUGGCUACAAUCUCAAUAGCACCAGUGAUGAUGGGAAGUUUUUCUGGCAAGUGAAGGUCGGCUACACCAUUGGUCACAGUGUUUCGCUCAUCUCGCUGAUCACAGCUAUUGUGGUCCUUUGCAUCUUCCGAAAACUCCACUGCACAAGGAACUACAUCCACAUGCAUUUGUUUGUGUCGUUUAUCCUGAAGGCCAUCGCCGUGUUCAUCAAGGAUCUGGUUCUAUAUGAAUUUGGUGAGGUGGACAACUGUUCUCCAGGCUCUGUUGGCUGCAAAGCCGUCAUUGUGUUCUUUCAGUACUGUGUGAUGGCCAGUUUCUUCUGGCUGCUUGUGGAGGGCCUCUAUCUUCACGCACUUCUGGCCGUCUCUUUCUUCUCUGAGAGGAAAUACUUCUGGGCUUACAUUAUGAUCGGCUGGGGAGGUCCAGCGAUUAUCAUCACAGCCUGGAGCAUCGGUAAAGCGCACUACAAUGAUGUAGGGUGCUGGGACAUUAUAGAAACCACUGAUGUGUUCUGGUGGAUUAUUAAAACACCCAUUUUAGCAUCAAUCCUGGUGAAUUUUGUUCUUUUCAUCUGCAUUAUUCGAAUACUUCGCCAGAAGAUCAACUGUCCAGACAUUGGAAGAAAUGAGUCCAACCAGUAUUUGAGACUUGCGAAAUCGACGCUGCUUCUGAUUCCUCUGUUUGGAAUCAAUUUUAUAGUUUUUGCGUUCAUCCCAGAGCAAGUGAAGACUGAAUUACGGCUAAUUUUUGACUUGAUUCUGGGAUCCUUUCAGGGCUUUGUGGUUGCAGUCCUUUACUGCUUUCUCAACGCUGAGGUCCAAGGAGAGAUCAAAAGGAAGUGGCGGAGGUGGCACUUACAGAGAUACAUGGGCUCAGACACCAAAUACCAACACCCGUCAAUCGGCAGCAGCAACAACUUCAGCACCCAAAUCACCAUGUUGACGCGCUGCAGCCCCAAAACCCGCCGUGGUUCGUCUUCCUGUCAUGACGACUUGUCCUCCAUAUGAGUUGUGAAAGCAGAGAUGCAGAUGAGCAAGCUGUAAAAAUUAUCUCAUGACAAAAACUCAUGUCACACAGAAAACUCUCCAACAAAAAAAAAAAACUUUCACUCAUCAGCAUAUGUAAUUAUUUGUGACGUAUACAAAGCUUUUACUGAUCGUGUUUAGAUUUUUGAAAACCAAAGUUGCUGAUAUUAACAAUUUUGAAUGUGUUUUUCUCAUUUUUUUUUAUUUUUUUUUUAGUAUAAAGCUGACAGGUUAGUUUUUGACAUGUCUGAUCAUCAGCUUAACUGUUGUUUUUUGUGCUCAGAUACAUGACAUAGUCACACAUCAUAUAAGAAUGUGAUUAAAAGUGUUUCCCAAUGGGAACUGCACUGUCAGAUAAGUGUUUAGAUGUUAUUCUGAGCUGAUUAAAAUCCCUUAGUGCAAUUUGAGAACUCUGUGAAACUGUGUUGUUAAAGGUACAUAGCCAUGUUAUAUGCUUAAACAAAAGACCAAAAACCAUUUGAUCAUGAUAAAAUAAGGUCAUAUACACCAAGUGUCCAUCCUGAUAGUGUUUUGUCAAUCCUUUUUUAGGAUAGAGAAAUAGACCCCAGGACCGGGCGCGAUGUGCUGAUAUAAACACACAUGGUGCCAUUUACCAGCAGUAUCACAGAACUAUCAAAAUGCCGGUUUCCUUAAUAAAUAAAACAUAAUACUGGACCAAGCCUGACCCCCUGCAAUGCCUCGCAGUAAAGCGACAGCUCGGAGUGAUUGAAGACUAUCCGUUAAUAAUCAAAUACACCGAUCUACAGCAACUUUGAGAGCCUCAUAUCAGAACAUUUACUCACUUCAGUCAACUCUGUGAUGAGUUACAUCUGAGCCUCAGCAGAUUAAGCGUCUGCUUCAGUGAACACUGAUGUUCAUACUGUAUUCCCAGCAACAUUCCAGUCUUUCCCCUCUUGG